AUGGCGGCUAGUAUUGAAACACAGCGACUUAUCUCAGUGAGCCUUGGUAAAAUCGCACAAUCUCGCGGGCAACGUGGCGGGAUUAAUUUACAUAAAAACCUGCUAGUUGCUACGGUGUUGCAUAAGGCAAGGACGGCCUACAUGAUGGAGUCUUACAAUUACCAACAGAAUCUACAUCGACAGAAACUACAACAGGGGCAACAACAAGCCCAGUUUUCUUCGCCAGUGGUGCAAAAUAACUCUUCCACACUGUGUAGCAACGCGUCCAAUAACGGGGAAGUGUGUCAGACACCCCAUGACUCAAACUUGGUACAGCCUACGGCCACGCCGACUGCCAGUGUGGAAAGUAGGUCAGAGAUCUCAGCAACGACGGGGCACGGAGAGGAUGCCCACGAACCAAUGACAAUUCAAGAAACACACGACAAGGAAAACGCACCACCAGCGAGGUACGUUAUUUCAGAUAAACAGGAGAUUUCUAAUUCUGAAAGUAAACAAUCUAAUCGACCAGACGAUCAUCUCACUGCUUCAAAUUUACUUUCUUUAGAGGUUCAAUCGGCUUCUUUAGAAAACCAAGUUAACACACCCACUGCGUGUAACAUUUUAAAACGGCGUAGGGAUAACCCCAGCACCGGAACACAGGACAAAGAAUGCCCGGCCAACAAGAAGGCUCGCGUAAGUUAUGAUUCGCAAUUUUCCAAAGACAGUUAUCUUUCUGACUUCGACCUGUCGUCAGACGAAUCAGACUCUGAGCCGGAGUUGGAUGUUAUGCACACGUCAGACUCGCCACAAAUAACAAAUUUGGUAACUAUUUUUAACUCAGGAUUCUCCGGAUUAUGUGCUGUGGUUAACGGUGAUUCUGACUCAGAUUCUUCUGGUUACCAAAGCGAUCUGGAUAUUUCUGGCUCUUCACAGUUUACUCCAAUUCCUAAACUUCGACCCGAGUCUCCCUCCCCAUCAUACUCUAGGAAACACCAAAGUGACUCAUCUCUUUUGUGCUCAAGUCAAGUUGGACGAUUGGACACUUUACCGAACGCUAUUGUCUUAUCUGCAUGA